AUGAAGUUGGUCUUUGGUCUCUGUUGUCUUUUUGGCAAUUCGUUAGCGGCGGUUGUUACAAGAUUGGCUGUGGUAGAACAUUUGGCCGAACCGCCUCGAGGAUGGACAAGGUUGGAGUCCGCCAACCCCAGUCAGACCAUUCGCCUCUCCAUUGCCUUGGAAUCAGACGGCCAGGAAGUACUUGAGAGAACGGUACAGGAGGUUUCCGACCCGAAUCAUCCACGAUAUGGUCAGCAUUUGUCGCGAGACGCCGCCUUAACCUUGAUCCGUCCGCAACAGGACGCAGUCGAUGCCGUACGACGAUGGCUAUUGACGGAAGAUAUUACAGAGGGUCAGAUCCAAGUACGAGGAUUGUUUGUGGAUGUAACCGUUACAAUUGGCACUGCUGAGAGAGUAUUAUCUACCAAGUACGACGUCUUUCAAAAUACCGGCCGAAAAGCAAUAGGCACACUCGCCUACUCCGUGCCAGCAGACGUACGCCCACACAUCACAUCUAUUCAGCCGACGACCUUCUUCGAGCACGCCACAUUCGCGCAGAAAUAUCCGACAACUCGGAGAUCAGUGCUGGUGAGCAGUAAAGGCAACGGGACUCAUACGGCAACGCCAAGAAAAAUGGACGACUGCAAGAACAACAAUACUCCCAGUUGUCUACGGAAUCUUUACAGGAUGGAUGAAAAUAGCUACACGAAACCGCAUCCGAAAUCAUUGCUGGGUGUGGUUGGUUUCAGCGGACAAACAGCGCAAUUUGACCAGCUGGAGAAGUACUUGGGCAAAUAUGCAUCGCAUGCUAAAGGCGCCAAAUUCACCGUUGAACUGAUAAACAAUGGCACAAAUACGCAAGGUACCAACUAUCCCAGCGGCGAAGCCAAUAUGGAUAUCCAAAUUGCGGUUGCAAUGGCUUACAGGGUGCCUGUGCGGUUUUACUCUACAGGAGGAGGAGACCAUGACUUCAUUCCGGACUUGGACCUCUCCGACCCAAAGAAAGAACAUGUCGAGCCGUGGGUACAGUUUCUGAACCACUUGCUAGCAUUGCCGGAUCGCGACUUUCCGCAAGUCAUGUCGAUAUCGUACGGAGUGAACGAGCAGAAUGUGCCGAAGCCACAUGCCCUGAGGAUAUGUGAACUAUUCGGCUUGCUCACGGUCCGAGGCAUGUCUAUUAUAAUUGCGUCCGGCGACCAGGGACCAGGUGUAUCGUGCCAGUCCAACGACGGCACUAAGAGGACCAAGUUUCUUCCUGCGUUUCCUGGCGGAUGCCCCUACAUCACGUCAGUGGGGGCAACCGAAUCAACGUUUCCAGAGAAGGCUGUCAACUUUUCUUCGGGCGGGUUUUCUGAAUACUGGCCUCGUCCUGCGUGGCAGGAGAGUCAGGUGUCGCGGUAUUUGAAGGCACAUGGGGGCAGAUGGAAAGGGUAUUACAACAAUAGUGGCCGCGGAUUUCCUGAUGUGGCUGCUCAGGGACUUGGAUAUCCUAUUUUUAACCACGACAAAAUUGAAGAAGGAGGGGGCACGAGUGCUUCAGCGCCAUUGUUCGCAUCCAUGAUUGCCAUCAUCAAUGACAAUCGUAUGAAGAAGGGCAAACCACCGCUGGGAUUCCUGAAUCCUUGGUUGUAUCUCACAGCCAAGGGUGCAUUUACAGAUAUUACUCAAGGUAGAUCAAAGGGUUGUCAAGGCACAAGUUUCAGCGGCGCAAAAGCUCCCGUUAUCCCUGGAGCUGGGUGGGAUGCCGUGGAGGGAUGGGAUCCGGUGACUGGGCUGGGCACGCCGUUAUUCGAUAAGUUGCAAAAGCUGGGGAUGAGAUAG